AUGGUGAAGGUUACGAGGAAGCCUCAGGAGAAGCACAAGGUCUCACUGUCACCCGCAGUCUCAGAUCUUGUUCACAAAGUCUCUACUGUUGGCCUCGCAGAUCUGCCAGCACUUUUCACUGGAUGGUCUCAGCGAUGGCCCUACCCACGAGGUGAUCUGAACAAUUGGAUCGAACCGCUUGACCGAUUCGACUCCAUCCUGCAGGAUUUCAAUACCAAAUAUGGUCUCGACAAAGGUCCCCAGACAAUACCGUUCGGUGUCUCUCUGCUCCUCGAGGGAAGCCCAGGUGUCGAUGAACAGAGACUCAAAGAGUUAGGAUUUGGUCCUGAAGGCGAUAGAGAGCUCAUCGAAGCUAUUCUGGUCUUUUCAAAAUUGCUGGUGGAGAAAUGUGCCAAUAGAGUGGUUUACAACAGUACCGACCGAUUGAAUGACUUGCUCAAUACCACCUCCUUCUCCCUCCUACACAGUACACUGAGGAUCACUUUCUACCUUGCUCAGCGAUAUGCCGAACGCCCCCCUCCUCCCUCCAAUCAGCCGUCCAAGUUUUACGACUUUGACCAUGAGCGUUUACAUACUCUCUCAGUUCCCUUCGGACGGCAGGCUCCUGUUCUGAAGCGGGCUCCUUCGUCUCCUGUCAAGUCCAAACUGAAAGAAAAAUCUCCUCAAGCUAGCCGUUCCAGACGAGCCUCAGUCCCAGAAUCCCCCAACUCCUUCCGUGCCCUUUGCAAAGACUCAUCCUCUCAGAGUGAACGUGGCAAGUCAGCAUCCUCUUCCGACCGAGACUGGCAACAGUGGGCUUAUGUCAAGGUCUCGUGGAAAUCUACAGACUCAGAACAGCAUGUCGAACCCGGCACGGGCUCUCAGUCUGAUAUGCCUUCAACUCCUACUCCAGUUCGACGACAGUUCUCCUCAUCGCUUGCAGGACCUCAGCUUGACAUGUCACAGGAAGAUGGACCUCCGCGGUCGGUCGAAUCAACACCAGAGUCAGACCUGAGAACGGUUGAAUAUUCCCCCACAGACUUACAGAAUGCCAGCAUUGAGACUAUCCUCAGCCGUCAACCCGAGGACAUGCCCGCAAAGGCUAAAUAUGAGCUGCUGCACCAGCUUCGUAUCGCCUAUGGCUUGAUGACUUCGUCCAAGACACGCAAGGAACUCCUCGCCAUUCGCCUUUUGUCUAUUGCAAGUCUUGCUAACGUCCUUGGAGAGAUCGAGCUUGCCCAGAGAUUUAUUUCAACUGAUGGAAUGUUUGGUAAACCUGGGCAUAAUCUGUGCGAACAACUUCUUGACUUGCUUUAUGAAGAUAAGAAAACCAGCUCGCCCGUAUCGCUUUAUCUGCAGACCAUUGCUAUGGAGACAAUGGGUAUUCUAGCUCAUCACAAACUUUUUGCUCCAGACAUUCAUGGUUUGUUGGGUGCCGGCUCAGCCCAUGGACUUCUGGCCCACCUUACGGAGAAAGGUCUGAAAGAUAUUUCCAAAGACAAGGACAGCACAGACACUGUCGUUGGUGAUGAUUGGCGAGAUGCUAUAUUUACUUUACCUCGAACAGUGAUUGAAUGCGGGGGGCAUCAUGGACGUUCAAGUGAAGCAGUGAUACCAGCAAGUUUCGUCACAACUUACCUCUCUGGUUUCAGAUUGACCACGGGCAAGGCAUUACGUGUCCAUCUGCGAAUGCUUGAUUUCAUCAAGACCUUCUUCCAUCAUUUCAAAGAUGGUAUGGCUACCCUCCUGGCAAGUAGUGCGUUCGAAGCAAUCAGUAACCUUCUCGGAAAUCUUGCGAAUGGUGCUUGGGACCUCUUUCAGAAUGGUGGAGGAAUUCCAGCACAGUACAAGACGAGAGCGACAGAUUACGAGAUUCCAUACAUGCAUCAGCAAAUCAUCCGAUCCAUCAUCGACAUGAUCAAUGAUAUCAGUGGACAUCAAGGCGCCCAAGCAGAUCGAGUAUUGAGGAGCUUGGUUGACUCGCAAGCUCUGCUACGAUCCUUCCGCUUGAUCGUUGAUAAUCUAUCCGCAUUUGGACCGUACACUUGGAGUGAGGUCGUGAAAGCAGUCUGUGGCUUCUUGCACAAUGAGCCUACCAGUUACACUGUCAUCGCCGAGGCUGGUAUUAUUCAAAGUCUCUUGGAUACUGUGAACGCCUCUCCUGAGGAUCCUUCCAAUUCACCUUCUGCAAAAGCAUCGAAAUCAAUCUCCUCUGUCCCCAGCGAACAAGCUCCGGGUAUACCAGCUGCUGUUGAUGCCAUCAUAAAUGUCUCUCAAGUCUUUGGCGCUAUUUGUUUGACAACUGCUGGUUUUGACUUGUUCAAGUCCUCCGGAGCACUUGACAAAUUUUUUGAGAUUUUCGAGUCUCCGGCUCAUGUCAAGGUUCUCAAGGAUACAAACACUCUGGCUCUGCUAGGAUCUACCUUUGAUGAGAUUGUGAGACAUCACCCUAAUUUGCGGACCGCUGUUCUCAGUGCAGUGAUUGUCAUGCUUGCUCGCGUGCGACAUAUCACUCGAUCAUUAUCAGUCUCAAUUGGAGCUGGCCCGAAGCUAUGGCUUGGUGGCACCAACGACGAAGAUGAGCCCUCCGGAGGUCGUGAGGCACUGUCGUUGGAAAUAGUCCCGCCUGCUUCAGAUGCGUCUGGUGAUUCCCGCGUCUCGAAGCCCCUCGAGCUACCAAAUGGAAAAUCUUUGCACAUCGCCGACGAAACCUUGCCAGCAACAGAUACUUCUGCGGUCCCCACCGACUGCGAUCGCCACGGUCUUUCUGCAAAUGACUAUGCGAGGCCCGCGAUCGCUUUCCUGGUUACUUUCUUUGAAAACCAGGGUUUAUGUACAAGCUUCCUUGAAAACGGUGGCGGAGAUAUUGUGCUUGACUUUGUGACGUUGCCCAGUCUUCCUGUCGGAGAACAAGCUUUGAAUCGUCGCGAUGGUUUAUUUAACGAGUUAUCUUCUGCGGUGCAUAUGAUGGCAGAGACCAAGCCUAACCUUAUUCUUCCAGUCUUAGCGGAUCGUUUACGAUUUGCCUGCUCGCAACUAGAACACUUCAGCCAAAAUCAACCCCGGGACUGGACGUGUUACUUCUCUUCCUUGGUCAAAUCAGAGAACCCAGAUGGUGCCCUUGGCAAGGGAAAAGAGCCUCCAACCUAUGUUGAACACAAUGGAACAAGAGUAGCAAAGAGCCUGAUGGCAAUCUUCUCCUUGUCUCAAGUUCUUGCUGAGGUCUUCAAUGUACCCAUGUACACGACAAGAUCAGCCCAGGCAUACCUCUUCGGCUUGGUCAAUCUCGCAGAUGUUUUUGCCGAUAUCUCCAAGAUGCUCGGCAGUAUCUCAUCUGCUUGCUACCGUGAAGAGAUCGCACUGCAACGUACGAUACCCCAGACCUGGCUCGCUGCAACAAUACCAGUACACUUUUCAACUGGGGACGAUGACGUCGACAGAAUGCUGAAUGUUCGAGAUAGCAACGUUCGCAUCGGCGAGACUGGUGAUGAGUCUUUGCCUGAGCAGCCUCCCGAAACUCGCACCGAGUCUACUGACCUUGCCAGCACCGAGACCUCCAAACUUGAUGAGGAGAAGCGAACUCCGUACUUUCGGAAUGUUCAGAUACUUCGAUAUCUCUUGAUUGAGACACCGUUUGCAAUUACCGAGUUCCUCUGUCGGCUUGGUCGAGGUAUUGCUGCUCGUCGUCGACCGGAUACCUUUACCAAACAAAAGAUAGCAUCGAUUGCGAAUGCUCUUGCAGCGGCAUAUACCUCUCAACUCCAACCUUAUUUCCUGAACAAUGGCUCCGCAGAGCCUGACGCUUCUAGUCUGGAAGCAAACUUUACCUAUCUUGUCAUCGUCCUCGACAAUGUUCGGCGUAGUUUUUACGACGAGUCUCAACCUUCCCCGGGACCCAUGACCACAUCAUCAGCACGGCAAACAUUUGUGAUUGAGGCAUUUAGACAGGCAAAUGGUCUCAAAAUCUUGUCGAAGAUUGGGACAGAUUUCUAUGAUCAGCUCAAGGCGUGCAAAUUGGAACAUUCCACGCUAUCAGCCAAUACCGGACUCAAAAUUUGCCUUGAUAUUCUAGACGAAUUUACCAGCGCCAAGAGCAUCAUGGAUUCGGCACAGUCAGUGAAUAUGAGAAAUGCAGACCCGAGCAAGGCACUUUACUUUGUUCCAGCUCAAGUGCUCCUUAAUCUACGUAUGGAAGCCCUUCCAAUGACGCAACUGAUAUGGGAAAGUGACUAUGCCGAUCAAGCGUCGCGAGAUGUUGUGCAGAAGCUUGUAUCCAUCUUGAAACAUAUCUUGACAGGUGAUCACGAGCAUGAGGCAAUUCAGACAAAUGACAGUCGACCAGAAAUUGAGGUCCACCCGCUUAGGAAGCAUCAAAUCGACGAGCACAAGGUCAAUACACUGAAGGACAAAGGGUACACCGAGGACCUGGUACGCGAGGCCAUAUAUCGCACCAAUACUACUGCAACGAGCUCUAUUGUCGCUGCUGAGGAGUAUUGCAAAGCAUUCAUGUCUAAUCCUCGUCGGAGACGCCUGCCCAUUCCUAGUAGUGAACUUGACGUCACGUCAACUAACAAUCACACUCCAGCCGUUAUAAGUCCACCUACAAGCGCGCAUUCAAAUCCUCUCACUUUGGCCUUAUCAGGCCUACAAGGGAUACUUGAUGCUGGCAAUGCGGAAGCGGUUGUUGCUGACGUUGAAGACAACGAAAUGAGGGAUGUUGGCGAUACCACUAUUAGUGAACCAGUUUCCGUGAGAAAUGCGGAUACCAAUGUAUCUACUUCCUCUGCAAUGGACAUCCAGAAUAUCCUGAAUGCUGAUAGCAAUGGUUCCGGCAACUCUUCAUCCGAUGCUCCGCCACCAGAUUUAUCACCGGUCUACUCUGUUGAGAGUAUCGACGCUGUUCGAGACUCAAUUCGAGAAGAUCUGGCCGAACGAUGCAACAACAUUCUCAACACCCAUCAGGAUUUGACCUUCGAGUUAUAUGAUCUGAUAGCCAGCGCAACCAAGAAGCUCAGUGAUGUUGAAGCAAAAGACUAUUGGCGAACCACCACAGAAAUACUUGUGAGCUCACUCCUAUCAAUGCAAGUUGACGAAGACAUCAAUGAGGGGCGUGGCAAGAAAAUUGCCGCUGCGGCUCAUCUGGUAGCUCUCCUGUUUCAAGAUGGCGAAGUUUUUACAGACACGCUCAAUAUCUAUCAAGAAUCGUUCGAAGGACUUGUCAGCUUUUUGAAACUUCCUCAAUCCCAUGGACGUACCACUGAAGAUUCGUUCCCCUGGGUCGCUCCAGUUCUGCUUAUCGUGGAGAAGAUGCUGUCGAGAGAUAGUGAACCAGCAGAAGUCAAGUGGGAAGCUCCAAAUGACGUGGAACCGUGUAAGAAGCCUGUCAUCACUCCCACUGCGAUUUUCAGUCUCGAAGAAAAGCAGGAGCUACUCGCGGCCCUCAUCAAUAUGCUCAAUCGUGUUGGCAAGGACAAGGCUAUGGCACUGGCAAUCACGCGGGUACUAGUGAUUCUUACACGGACGCGAGAGAUUGCGGCUUCCCUGGGAGAGAAGCGCAACCUCCAAAGACUUUUCAUGAUGGUCAAGCAACUCGCCCACGGAAUUGGUCAUCGAGUGCAGAGCACGUUCAUGAUCAUUCUGCGGCACAUCAUGGAAGACGAACAUACACUGAAGCAGAUCAUGCGUAGUGAAAUUAGUGCAGCAUUCACAGGUCGCAACUCAACCAGACACAUGGACACGACAAGCUACGUUCGAGACCUCUAUCAUCUUGUGGUAAGAUCUCCUGACACUUUUGUUCAAGUCACAGAAGAGAUGGUCAAACUGUCUGCAUGGCCUCCGCACAACUCCUCUUCUGGUCUGGUUCUGAAGGAGAGUGCAACAGCAAAACCAGAGUCUGACGCCGUCGACUCUUCGGUACAGCCCACCGCGAGUGUUGAGGCACCCGAUGAUUUGGUUCAAGAAAGCAAAGGCAAAGGGCCUGAAGUGAAACCUCCUACUGUAGAACAUCCUGAUGGCGUCAUACAUUUCAUUCUCUCGGAGCUUGAUAGCUAUAAGGACGUCGAUGACAAAGAGGUUGCUCCGGAGAAGCCCAAUUCUACUAAUCCUAAUGAGAAGAAUGAUUCUGCUGGAAAUACCGACGUACCGGCAACCACAAGCGACAAUGCAAUUGAAACGACUGCUCCAUCCAAGCCAGAAAAGGUCAAAUUUAGGCCAGAAGAUCACCCGAUCUUCUCCUACCGCUGCUUUUUGAUGUACAGCCUUACAGAGCUAUUGCACUCUUACAACCGUGCCAAGAUUGAGCUGAUCAAUUUCUCGAAGAAAGCCGAUCCAAUGGUAGCGACUCCUUCCAAGCCUCGAUCCUACAUUCUCAAUUACUUCCUUCACCGCUUGAUACCAUCCUGCUAUGUCGACAAGGAGGAGUCUUUGCAUUUCAAGAAAAAGCUCCUCACGAGUGACUGGGCCAUUCGAGUUGUCGUCGCACUAUGCUCGAAGACAGGCGAGACAGGGCUGACAGGCCUAGGUCAACGAAAUUCACCUCAAAGUUUGGUUGAUGACCUGGAUACAGAGCCUGAGUUGACAUUUGUGCGCCGUUUCGUUCUAGAGCAUGCAAUCAAGACCUACAAAGAUGCCAUUUCAUCCACAGAGCCACUCCAGAUGAAGUACAGCCGCCUGCUUUGCCUCGCCGAUACAUUCAAUCGCCUUCUGACGAAGCCCGCAGUACCCGAUGGCUCUGCUGGUUCCCACAAUAAUUCUUACAAGGUUCUCGGUCGCAUGAUGUUUGAGAAGAACAUGACAGCAAUUUUGACCAGCUCUCUGGUCGAUAUCGAUCUUUCAUACCCUGGGUCGAAGAGAGUCAUCAAAUUCAUCUUGCGACCUCUUCAAGAGCUCACGACCCUUGCGUCCCAACUCAGUUUGACUGCCCCUGAGCUACUCAUCUCCGGUGUCAGCACUGUACCAGACAACGAUAUCUCAUCUGCGUCUUCCGUCUCUGACGUUGACGAUGAUAGAGAGGAGACUCCAGACUUGUUCCGCAACUCCGCCCUCGGAAUGCUUGAUCCUAAUCAUGAUCACGAGUCCGAUUCUGAGUCCGACGAAGAGGACGAGGAUGAGGAGAUGUACGAUGAUGAAUAUGGCGACGAGAUGGAGUACGACAACGAGAUGCUUGCUGGAGGCAACGAUGAUGAGGCUGUCAGCGAUGAAGAUGUUGAUGAAGAGAUGACCGCCGAUGGUCCCAUCGAAGGUCUUCCUGGCGACGUGCCAAUGGACAUCGAGUUUGUUGUUAACGAUCCUCAUAUGGACAUCGAUUCUGAUGAAGACGAUGAAGACGAUGAGGAAGAGGACUCUGAUGAAGAUGACGACGAUGAGGAGGACGGAGAAGACUUCAUGAUUGAGGACGAUGAUGGUGGCGAGAUCAAUGGAGACGAUGAGAACAACAGCCUCAAUGAUGGUCUGGGUGAAGACGAAGGCGAAUGGGAAGAUGAAGGUGAGGAUGAUCAAGAAGAGGGUGCCAGUGAUGACCAGAAUGGAGUCGCAGACAUUACUUUCGAUGGCGAUGACAUUCCUCUUAAUGGCCACGGCAAUGGCAAUACUCCUGCAGUUCUAAGCAGCCUUCUCAGAGUUCUCGAAGAUCACGAUAUGGAUGGACCUAUUGGAAUGCCCCCCAAUAUCCCUCCUGAGCUCAUCGUUCCUGCUCCAGGAUCUGGCGAACCUGGUGAUGAAGAUGAGGACGAUGAGGAAGAUGAUGAAGGCGAGGAGAUGGACGAGAACGACAUGGUCGAAUACGACUUCGAUCACUUCUUGGCAGGAGGUGGAGACGACUUCCUGGAUCAUGGUGACGGCUUUGGUUGGAACGAGUUUUCGAACUUCGCUCGGCGACAUCGCCCACGUGGUGCAGAGGUGCAUCCUCCACACUUUGGCCGACGCAAUAACGACAUUCAUCAUAUGGGCCGUCCCGCCAGAAUGCAUGGAGGACCGACUGGUAGAGCAGGUGCUGACGAUGGCACCAAUCCAUUAUUACGCAGACCCCACGCACAGCUCACUCGUCGGAACCCGGAAGGACCAGUCCGUCAUGGGUUUUUUGCUCCUGGACUCUCAAGUCUUCAAGAUCUGCCAGGCUUUCCCGGCUUUGGAGGAGCUUUCCAGGCAGUUCUUCGUAAUGGGGAUACGUCUUCGCCACAUGGAUCCCUGCUCGACAAUCUCGUUCAAGCAUUCAACGGCAGAACUGACAAUCGCCCCAUUUUCAGCUUCACCGGAUCCCAGGAGGAAAUCAGUGAACUAAGCCGAGUGCUUGCGAGACCUUCCUUGGCCGGCUUCCCUCACCGCCACCACACUCGUGAGGAAAACCCACGUGCUGGCCAUUUCGUCCCCGCCACCACAACUACGAGAUGGCAGGAGGAAUCACGAAUCUUGUUUGGUGCUCUCUCUAUCGAAAAGUCACAACGCGUUCAAAUUCUCAUCAUGUCGGUUCUUGUGCCUCCAGCCCAAGAAGAGGAGAAAGAGAAGCGUAGGAAGCGCGAAGAACAGGAAAAGGCCGAGCGCGAAGAAGAGGAGAGACUCCGAAUUGAAGGAGAACGACUCAAAAAGGAGGCAGAAGCGAAAGAAGCUGCUGCCAAAGCCGAGGCUGACCGCUUACGAGAAGAGGCUGAAGCCGAAGCUGCGGCUAGACGCCAUGAGGCAGGUGAGCUUCAGAAUGAUGGCGACACAGAACCCAUGGAAGACGUCCAAAGUGCUGAGGAUAGUACUGCACCUCUUGAUAACGCCGCACCAACAGAAGAUGGUGAUACAGAGUCACAACCCCGAAUCUUUACCACAAUUCGCGGCCGACAGCUUGACAUAACUGGUCUUUCAAUCGACAUUGAUUACCUGGAAGCUCUGCCAGAAGAAUUGAGAGAAGAGGUCAUCAUGCAACAAUAUGCAACUCGACGUGAGGAGGCUCGUCAAGAGGGAAAUCACGAACCUAGCGGAAUCGAUCCUGAUUUUCUGAAUGCCCUGCCCGACGACAUCCGAGAAGAAAUGCUACAACAAGAAGCACAUGCUCAACGACGUCGUGAACGCGAAGCAGCUCGUCGACAGGCUGCGGCUUCUGCUACCCCAGCCCAAGCGGAAGAGAUGGACAGCGAUAACUUCCUGGCCACUCUCGAUCCAAACUUUCGGCGUGUGAUCCUGGCAGAGCAGCCACCUGAGGUCUUGCGUCACCUUAAUCCUCAACAUGCUGCUGAAGGUCGUGCUCACGCAAGACGUUACUUCCCAUACGCCGUGGGUGGCGACCGUGAUGAUCGUGGUGACCGAGUACCCGUCGACGCUCCUCAACGUGAUAACAAGCGGCAAAUUAUUCAGAUGGUUGACAAAGCUGGAGUUGCCACUCUUCUCAGACUCAUGUUCUUGCAGCAGCAAGGUUCUCUACGAGCGAAUUUGUGGCAGAUCCUCCGCAACAUCUGUGGCAACCGACAAACUCGAUUUGAGGUCAUCAGCCUUCUUCUCGUGGUUCUCAAAGAAGGUAGCACCGAUGUUGGCGCAAUCGAACGGAGCCUCGCAAACUUAUCGCUACGUGCAAAAGCCACGGUUGGACAAAAGACUCCACAGCCAUUGAGACGAACUCUUUCAAUGCAACCUAACGGGGGCUUGAGCGAAGAAGUCACUCCAUUGGUUGUCAUUCAACAAUGUCUUUCUGCCUUGAAGCAAUUAUCAUCAGGUGGAUUUCAUAUCCGCAGCAUUUUCCUAAGAGAGGUCGAUAUUAGUCCUGCCAACAAGAAGGGCAAAGGCAAAGGCAAGGAAGCCAAAACUGCCAAAUACCCCAUCAAUGAUCUCAUUGGUCUUUUGGACCGUAAGCUGAUUGUUGAGAGUUCGUUCUGUCUUCAAUUGCUUGCAGAGCUCCUCGCAGCCGUCACGUCUCCACUGCCCACUCUCUUGCGGAAAGACAAGGAAAAGGCAGCCGAAGAAAUGAAGCAACAUGAAGCCGAGUCUGGAAAUGCAGAUACUCAGAACAGUUCAGCUUCAGGAGUUGGCCCGACAGCUGCUCCAACACAAGACUCCAAUGCCGACCGUGGAUCCACAGCUGCAGGUGUUCCUGCUGCUUCUACUUCUGAUGUCGCAAGCGCCGCAGCAGAUGGCGGAGAAUCUUCUGUGAAGCCGGAUGCAGACCAAGAAGUGUCAACUUCCGAAGAGAGCAAAGUCAAGAAGAUAUUUGAACCACCAGAGAUCUUUGAGCACAAUCUGGAAUUGGUUGUUAGAAUCUUUGUUGCUCCGGAAUGCAACAGCGACACAUUCCACUCGACCUUGGAGACUCUCUUGAGUCUUUCAUCCAUUCCCGGCACCGCCGAAGCUUUUAGCAAAGAGCUUAUCAGUCAUGUCAAACUGCUAUCUCAACUGAUCUGCGUUGACCUGGACGAACUCAUUCCUCACCUGAAAGAGGCGCAACUGAGCACAGACUUGCACAACGUCGCAUCUGCCAAAUUCUCUAAUGGAGGUUCGGACCAAGUCAAACUUUUGAGGGUUCUUCAGGCUUUGGACUACCUCUCCGCACCCAAGAAGGACAACGAAGAACCAGGAGACAACCCGGUGGCCAAAAGCAUUCUCACCUCCUCUUAUGAGAGCCUAAGCCUGGGACCCUUGUGGACCAAGCUAAGCGAUAGCCUAACGGUUAUUCAAGAAAAGGAUAAUAUGAUCAGUUUUGCUAACAUCCUGUUACCACUGAUAGAAUCAUUGAUGGUUGUUUGCAAGAACACUUCUCUCAAGGACUCGGUUCUGGCUCGACAGGUUAGAGAGCAAGCACCUGGUAGCCCAGUCCCAGAAGCCAUGGACGGUCUAGAGGAGCUCUUCUUCAACUUCACGACUGAACAUCGCAAGAUUUUGAAUGAUAUCAUCCGUCAAUCACCAAAGCUGAUGCAAGGCAAUGGAAGCUUCAGUCUGUUGGUCAAGAAUCCCAAGGUACUUGAUUUUGACAACAAGCGUGCCUACUUUACGAAACAGAUUCAUUCUCGUCUGCAUCAACAACGACACAUCCAGCCACCUCUCCAGCUCAACAUUCGUCGUGAUCAAGUCUUCUUGGACUCAUACAAAGCAUUGUAUUACAAAUCUGCUGAAGAAAUGAAGUACGGCAAGCUCAACAUUCGCUUUAAUGGUGAGGAAGGUGUUGACGCCGGCGGUGUCACACGAGAAUGGUUCCAAGUUCUCGCACGUGGCAUGUUCAAUCCUGAUUGGGCCUUGUGGCAGCCCGUCGCUGCUGAUCGGACGACUUUCCAUCCCAACCCACUCAGUUGGAUCAACGGUGAGCAUCUGCUAUACUUCAAGUUCAUUGGUCGCAUCAUCGGCAAGGCGUUGCAUGAGGGUCGGGUGCUCGAUGCUCAUUUCAGCCGCGCAGUCUACAAGCGUCUGCUUGGUAAAGAGCCCAGUCUGAAAGAUCUAGAGUCCAUGGAUCUAGAUUACUACAAGAGUCUUCUUUGGAUUCUUGAAAACGAUAUCACCGAAGUGAUUAGUGAAGAUUUCUCCGUGAUUGAAGAACAGUUUGGAGAGGAGAAGGUUGUUGACCUGAUCCCAAAUGGACGAAACAUCCCUGUCACGGACGAGAACAAGCGUGAGUACGUCAAUGCUCAAGUCCGCUAUCGCCUCACGACAUCAGUAAAGGAUCAACUCGAAAACUUCGUUCGAGGUUUCCAUGACAUUAUCCCAGCUGAGCUUAUCGCUAUCUUCGAUGAGCAGGAGCUGGAAUUGCUCAUCUCCGGUCUGCCUGAAAUCGACGUCGAUGACUGGAGAGCCAAUACUGAGUAUCACAACUACACAGCCAACAGUCCUCAAGUAACCUGGUUCUGGCGUAUUGUCAGAGGUAUGAGCAAUGAAGAGAAGGCGAAAUUACUUCAAUUCGUCACCGGCACCAGUAAGGUACCUCUCAACGGUUUCAAGGAUCUUGAGGGCAUGCAAGGCAACACCUUGUUCAGUAUUCAUAAGGAUCCGAGCCAAACUCGCCUUCCAACCAGCCAUACUUGCUUCAAUCAGCUUGAUUUACCCUCUUAUGACGACUAUGAUACUCUCAAGAGCAGUUUGAUGACGGCCAUCAAUCUCGGCGCAGACUAUUUCGGGUUUGCUUAA